UGAUGCGACUGUAGGAAGGAGGAACACGCCUGUCAGUGAGGAGCUUUCACCCCACAGAGAAAGAGAGAGAGAGAGAGAGAGAGGCUCCAGCUCCACAAAGAGGAACAUGUUUAUCCGGCCGAGGAAAGCUAGCCGCGGACAGUGAUGUCAACGGUCGGAACCGAAACCCUGCGACACUGACAGCUUCCCCAAUCGUGACAGCCGCUUCGCUGUACUGUAGCUAGUGUAACAUUAUGUAACACGGCUAAUAUCCAGCAGCGUUGUGUAAUGUUAUGAGUGGAUAUAGUGGCGCUUUUAGUCGUUUCUCCCCAUGCUGCUGUAGCAAUGCUCCAGCAGUGCGGCCGCCUGAAGCCCUUCGUCGGUUCGGAGGGACUCCGCUGAUUGACCUCAAUGCACGGCGGCCCGUCAGCCGGGGAACGGUAUUUCAAAGACCAUGGUUAACAGAGAAGAACUUGAGGAAAGGUUGAAGAAACUCCUGGUGAGGCUGAAAACCCCGAAAGAGGACAGACAACUGUGCACACUGAUUCAAAUCAUCCAGGACUUGCUCUUCCUGGCCCACACCGACAAUGCAGCUGAGCUGUUUGAAGACAAAGACACCCACACCCCCCUCAUGGUGGUGCUGUCAUCCUACAUCCACAGCCGAGGAGUCCAGCAGGUGGGCUGGUCAUUGCUCUGUCGGCUGAUUGAAAUAUGCCCUGGUACGCUGGAACACCUGACCAGACCUCUGCAGGCAGCCAAGGACUGGGAGGUGCUGGGAGUGCACCAGCAGAUCCUGAAGGUACUAUCUCAGUACAGAACGGACUGCAAAGUGACAAUGGUUGGACUCAGAGCUCUGGCACUCUUGCUCAGAUCAGAAAUGGUUCCUCUGAUGGUGCUGGAGGAGGAGGAGGAGGAUGUGUUUGGCCUGGUGGUGGAGGCGAUGAAGAUGUUCCCUACGAGUGAAGAGGUGCAGCUCCAUGGCUGUGUAGCUCUGCAGUUCCUUCUGGAGAGAGUAAGUGAUGACCACCUUGUAGAGUUUGUGGAGAACCAGGAUCACGUUGUGGUUCUGGCGGCUCUUCAGACUUUUUCAGACAGCGCCGAGCUCCUGCUGCAGGGCAUGAAGGUGCUGCUCCCACUGGCUCGUCCUGGCAGUAACGUGGAGAUGUUGAUGUCUGGAGGUGCUCGCUGCUACAGCAUGGUCAUUGCCGCCAUGGACGCCUUCCCUGAGGUGGAGGAGCUGCAGGAGACGGCCUGCUGCUUGUUCAGGAAAUUUACAUUAGAGAGCUACUACAACAUCCUGGUACUGAACGGCGUCCAGAGGGUCGCAGUGAAAGCCUGUCAGACUUUCCCAGAAAAUGCCAAGCUGCAAGCCGCUGCUCUUUCCUGCCUGGCUGCUCUCACUGCAACCAUUGUGCAGAACAAAGCGGUGGCUGAGCAGGGUUUGGAGGAAGGGGAGGAGGAGGAGAACAGGGGUAGGGAGGAGGUGGAGGACAUGGGCCUUGGGUGGAUGGAGGUCUGCUGCAUGGCACUGGAUCUUCAUGCUGCUGAGCCAGCCGUUCAGGAAGCUGCCAGCUGGGCCAUUCACAGUCUAUUACUACACGGAGCUGGAGUGAACAGUUCAGAGGAGGAGCAGGAUGAGAGGACUCCUGUUCACAGACAGUUAAUGGCGGCCAUGUUGCUCCACUCCUCCUCUCCCAGUGUGUUUGAAGCUGCUACCAGUGCCAUAGCCACACUCAUCACACACAACAGUAAAAUGUGUUCUCUGCUGCUGUCCAGUGGCCUCCAUGUUAACCUAGUGGAGAUGAUGAAGAGACAUUCGACCUCAGCUGAAGUCUCCAUCAGCGCCUGCAAACUGCUCAGUUUGCUCUUCCAGGGAAGGACUGCCAAUCUAGAUGAGUUGAACAUGGCCAUGAGCCAGAUCCUCAGCACCAUGAAGAUCCAUAACUUUGAGCCGGAUGUUCAGCUGGAGGCUUUGAAGGCCAGCUUGGUCUUCCUCUGCCCAGACAGGAGUUUGAGGGAGAACGGCGCCUCGGUCGCUGAUCCUGACAUGGCCGACGUGUCGUUGAAGGUUCUGAAGAACCAGUGUGUGGUGGAAGGAGCUCACACCCUCUACUUGGAAGUUCUCAACAGGUUCAUCAGCAGCUCCCUCAUACAGAAGUGUGGUCUGAAGGUGCUCUCUGCUCUGGCUGACUGCUCCGGUGCCGUGGACUUGCUCUGCCAGCAGGGAGCGAUAGACACAGUGCUGCAUACACUACAGAUGUUCCCACAGGAACGAGAGAUACACUACUGGGGUCUCACCCUGCUCAGCUACCUCGUGUCUAAGAAGAAGCUGUCGAGGAUGAUCGUACCUGUUCUGGCCUCCGUUGUUGUCGCCUCACUCGUCCAGUACAAAGAAGACUCUGAGAUGCUGCUGAAGGGUUUCCAAGUGGGUCUCAGGAUGCUGGAUGCCUGUUCAGGAGCUGCAGCUGAACUGCAGAGAGAAGACUUUGACAGGCAGAUCUUCCAGCACCUCAGAGAAGAGACUCCUGAUCAGUGCAACAACCCUCUACGUAAGUCGAUGUGCCUCUCUCUGGCUAAAAUGUGGUGCGACUCGGAGCUACACUACAGCAUGCUGGAAAAAGCAUGCAAGGAUGGAGACAUGACGUUAGCCGAGUGUUUGAUUGAGCUGGGAGCUGACAUCAAUAAGAAGACCAAAACUGAAUCUCUCAUCUAUCAGGUGUGUGAGAGAGGCGGACCCCUUGAGCUGGUGGAGCUGCUGCUCAGCCGAGGUACCCAUGAGCAGCACCUCCGCAGGGCUCUGGCUGUGAGCGUGAAGCGGGGCGACGGACCCACGGUCAUCCAGCUGCUGGGCCGUCUGGGUCUGGACCUCAACAACAGCGCCCUCUGCCUCGGGGGCUUCAGGCUGGGCCGCCUGGAUGCCGCCUGGCUCAGCCCCCUGCUGGCUGAAAGAGGCAGAACACACAGUCUGCGCUACAACAACAGUAAGGGUAUAAGUUUGGCGAGGUACAUUCAGUCUUUCCAGAGGUCCAAGAGCAGCAGUGGUCUUCCCAGAUCUCUGGCCGACCCCUGUCUGACAUCUGGCUACAUUUCUGAAGAGAGCGACGACUCCAGCUUCAGUUUUGUCUCCAUGGACGACGGCCUGUUUUUCAAUGACGACAUGGAGAGCGAUGGCAGUGAUUCAUUGUCAGGGGUUUUGUCUCCAAAGCCGCACAAUAACUCAACAGAAGAGUUGAGAGGGGGGUCCUUCAAAAAGAAGCAGGGGCGUCGCAGACAUGCCAGCGCAGAGAGUGGUCAGACUGAGACUGAACACAGUGAGUCCGUACACAGGAGAUAUGGAAGAACCGGCUCAGGUCAAAAAGUGUUUGGAUCGGGGGAAAACUCUGCUGCUCUGCCCAAAGAGAAGGAGAGGAUCCGCCUGCUUGACCUGUCGGGUAAUGAGUUGAACUCUCUGUCCUGUCUGAUGGAUGAUGUCUUCGUCCAGCAGCAGCUGGGACAUCUCCUCCGUCUGGACCUUAGCCACAACUGUCUGCUGGAGUUUCCUUCAGCUCUUUGCCAGAAUUUGAAGAGUCUGACUCGACUGGACCUUCAGGGCAACCAGCUCCAGUCGCUGCCAGUCGAGCUGCUGUCUCUGCUCUCACUGAACAUGCUGAACGUCUCCCGUAACUGUGUGGGUCCUAUACUGACCUUUGACCCCGCUGUCACCUGCCCAUCACUGCGGCAGCUCAAUCUGUCUUUCAACAAAAUCACCACCUUCCCUCGCGAGCUGGGCCGCGCCGUGAAUCGGCUGGAGGAGCUGUUUAUGGAAGGUAACAGUAUAACUGAACUGUGUGAGCCUCUCUGUCUGCCGGAGAUCAAGCUGCUGGAUGUGAGCAAGAACAGUGUUGAGAACAUUUCUCCAGACUUCCUGACCGGCUGCCCUAAACUGGAAACUUUCAGUGUCUCUAUGAACAAAAUCUGUUCCCUGUCACAUCUCUCAUCCAAGAUCACAACACUGAAACUAGCAAACAACAAUUUCACUGAAGUUUCUGAGGCGAUACUUCAUCUCCCAAACUUGCGGUCAGUCGACAUGAGGACCAACAACAUUGCUGUUCUGCCUGGACCAGGACUCUGGGAGUCCAACAACCUCAGAGAGCUGAUGUUCAGUCAGAACUGUAUCAAAGAUCUGGACCUGAGUGGACCGAUCUACAAAUGGGUCAGACUGGAGAAACUCCACCUGAGUGACAACAAGCUCACUGAGAUCCCCCCACAGAUCGGCCUUUUGGAGGGCCUGACCUCCCUGGAUGUGAGUCGUAACACAAACCUGCGCUCCUUCCCCGAUGAGAUGGGUAAACUGAGUAGACUGUGGGACCUGCCGCUGGACGGCCUGAAACUCCAGCUGGACCUCAAACUCAUUGGCAGCAAGACCAAAGACAUUGUCAGGUUUCUGCAGCAGCGGCUGAAGAAGGCGGUGCCGCACUACCGAAUGAAGCUCAUCGUGGUGGGGAACGCAGGCAGUGGGAAGACCACCCUGAUCCAGCAGCUGAUGAAGCUGAAGCGCUCACAGGUGAACUCGAAGAGGACCCUUGCUGGCAUCGACGUCCGUGACUGGACCAUCAGUGAAUGGGACAGGAAGAAGAUGGUGCUGAACGUCUGGGACUUCUCAGGGGGAGAGGAGUUCAGUGGCUCUCACCCUCACUUCCUGACCUCCAGAGCUCUCUACCUGGUCGUGUGCAACCUCAGCAAGGGAGCCAGUCAGGUGGACGCUCUCAAACCCUGGCUCUUCAACAUCAAAGCUGUAGCUCCUCUGUCCCCGGUCAUCCUGGUAGGAACACACACCGAUGUGAGCGAAGAGCUCCAACUACAAGCCUGUCUGACCAAGAUCAGAGAGGAGCUGCUGAACCACCAGGGCUUCCCUGCCAUCAGGGACUACCACAUGGUCUCCGUCUGCGAGGACUCAGAUGCCGUGACCAAGCUCCGCAAGGCCAUCACCAGGGAGGUCACCAGCUUUAAGAUCCAGGGCCAGCCUGUGAUGGGCCAGCUGGUUCCAGAAUGCUACGUGGAGCUGGAGCGCCGCGUUCUGCAGGAGAGAGCCAGGGUUCCCCCAGAGUUCCCCGUUCUCAGGCACCAGGAGCUGCUGCAGCUCAUCCAGGAGAGCCAGCUGCAGCUGGAGGAAGCUGAGCUGCCUCACGCUGUCCACUUCCUCAGUGAAGCCGGGGUUUUGCUGCACUUUGACGAUCCGGCACUUCAGCUCCAAGAGCUCUACUUCAUCGACCCGCAGUGGCUGUGCCACAUCAUCUCCCAGAAACUGACAUUAAAGAGCUGUGGCUUUUGGGAGCCCCCUAAAGGAGUUGUUCAGCGCUCGAUGGUGGAGAAGUUUCUGUUUGAGACCAAAUGUUUCCCCAAGAGCCACCUGACGCAGUUCUUCAAACUGCUGGAGAAGUUUCAGAUCGCGCUGCCCUUCGGCGAGGACCAGCUGCUGGUACCCAGCAGUUUGCCCAAGCACAGACCAGUGAUCGAGCUGCCUCACUGUGAGAACUCAGAGGUGAUUGUGCGUCUGUAUGAGAUGCCGUACUUCCCCAUGGAUUUCUGGUCUCGCCAGAUCAGCCGCUUACUGGAGUUUUCGUCUUAUUUGCUUUGUGGAAAAGAAAAAGUGAUGCGACCCAACCGGAUCUACUGGAGGAGAGGCGUGUACCUGAGCUGGUCCCCAGAGGCCUACUGUCUGGUGGAGGCUGCCUCAGUGGAGGAGAACCCCUCCAGCUUCGUCAGGAUCACUGUGCCCUCUUCAAGAAAAGGCCGGAUGCUGCUGGGUCAGGUGGUGGAUCACAUCGACUCCCUGCUGGAGGAGUGGUUUCCUGGCCUGCUGAACACAGACAUGCACGGCAGCGGUGAGGCUUUGCUGAAGAAGUGGGCUCUCUACAGCUUCGAGGACGGGCAGGAGUGUAGCAGGAUUCUGCUCGAGGACCUCUUCCCCUAUUUUGACAAUGAUUUUCGGCUGGUGAACUCGGAGGACCCCCGCUGCACUCUCCCCAUCUCUCAGAUCGCUCCUGACCUGGUGCUGAGUGAUCAGCCUGCAGGAACGAUACUGGAUAGUGAAGAGCUGGAGGUAGACAUGUCUAAAGACAACAGACUGGGGGACGGUGGCUUCGGGACCGUCUAUCGAGGUGUCUACAAAAAUGAAGAAGUUGCUGUGAAAAUAUUCAACAAACAUGCAUCUGAGCUUUACAUCUACAGACUCCUGAGACAGGAGUUGGUGGUAUUGGGUCGCCUCCGUCACCCCAGCCUGGUGGGUCUCCUGGCGGCUGGCUCAUCUCCGCAGGUCCUGGUUAUGGAGCUGGCUCUCCGUGGCUCACUGGAUUCCUUGUUUGAACACGAAAACGGCAGCCUGAACCAAAAACUUCAGCACAGAAUCGCCCUGCAGGUGGCUGACGGACUCAGGUACCUCCACUCGGCCAUGAUCAUUUAUCGGGAUCUGAAGCCCCACAAUGUGCUUCUGUUCAACCUGAAGACGGACUCUGAGAUAAUCGCCAAGAUCACAGACUACGGCAUCGCUCAGUACUGCUGCAGCAUGGGAGUGAGGAGCUCCGAGGGAACACCAGGUUUCCGGGCACCAGAAGUCGCCCGAGGUAACGUGAUCUACAACCAGCAGGCGGACGUGUUCUCUUUCGGCCUGCUGCUCUACGACCUGCUGACCUGUGGCGAGCGAAUCUCUGACGGCAUGAAGUUCCCCAGCGAGUUCGAUGAGGUCGCAGUGCAGGGAAAACUGCCAGAUCCAGUAAAACACUACGGUUGCUCACCUUGGCCGGGCUUCCAGGCCCUCAUGAAGGACUGUUUGAGGAACAGCCCUCAAGCUCGACCCACCUCAGCUCAGGUAUUCGAUCGACUAAAUUCAGGGGAGAUGUUGUGCCUGAUGAGGGAGUCGGUGGUUCCCCGGGCCUUCAACGCUGAGUGCUUUGCUGUGAGCUCCAGCAGCAGUGAAGGCUCCUCCAUCAGCCACAGAGCCUGGCUGGGUGGAGGCAGCAGCACCCAGCGACUGGGCUCCAUCACAGCUGUGGACCUGGACACCAACAAAGUUACUACACAGGAGAUCGACACCAGUCCCGUCCUGUGUCUUGUGAUCGUCCAGAUCCCUGAGGAGGCUUGUGAUUGGCUGGUCGCAGGCACACAAUCGGGUUCCUUGGUGGUCAUCAGCACUCAGGACCCGUCUGUGUGGCACCACCUGCAGAGAGUCAAAGAUGCUGUCACCUCAUUGUACUUCCACGUGCACCCUCGACGCACCCAAAGAAAGAAUUACCUGCUGGUUGGGACAGCUGAUGGAAUACUCACAGUUUAUGAGGACUCUGUGCUCAAGCAGGAGAAUGGGCAGCCGGUUAAAACUCUCGCUGUGGGAAACAUCAGCACGCCUGUCAUGUGUCUGGGCCAGUCGGUGCAUGCGCUGGACAGCAGGUCUGUGUGGGCCGGCUGCGGGACCAAGAUCCACUCGUUUACCACCGACUACGAUGUGUGCAAGUCCAUCGACACGAGACCAAACCUCAUUUUCCAGCAGCAGCGGUCAUUGGCUGGCAAAGCGUGUGUGUCCCGAAUGGUUGUGGAUAAAUACGUUUACCUGAACAAAGCCGGGACGCCGACCGUCGAGGUUUGGGAUAAGAGGAGCGAGAGGAUGGUGGACUGCAUCGACUGUGCUCAGAUCAUCAGACAGGACUCCGGCUGUAGAGGACGGCAGGGCAGCGAGGUGGAGCUGCCCACAGAGGCGGCUCCCUCCUGGGCCAGAGUGAAGGCCCUGCUGGUGCAGAGCGCUGCAGCUCUCUGGAUCGGCACCAGAGGGGGCCAUCUGCUGCUGCUGGAGCUCUCCAAGCACCAGACGCUGCAGGUCAUCGCCCCCCGCUGCGACUCCAUCCGCUACAUUGCCUCUGCACUCAUAGAAACACUAAAUUGGAAGAACGUGGUGCUGGUUUUGGGCAGGAGACUCCCACAAGACAAGAAUCAGUUUGACGAGGAGUCUGUGCUGAUGGUGUGGAACAGCACGCUGCCGAUGGAGGUCAAAGACCUGAACAGACACUGCGAGAAAAGAGAGCAGAUCGCAGCCAAAAUGAGAGAGCAGCUCCAUCAUAACUGAGCUUACACAUUUAGUGUUCGUUGUAAAGGGAUCAACUCUCCAGUGGAUCGAUGUGUCAGCAGCAGGACAUGUUGAAGGGGAUGUUUACCUCACUUUCUGACAGCCAUACGUACUUUUCCAGUGCACUGAACCUGAAGACAAAGAAUUCAUGAGGGGACACACAAAAGAAUUUGAUUCAAGAAGCUCCUUUUUUCUCUUUUGUGAUGCACUUACGAAAUAAUGUGUUUUACCAGAUGAGGACAAUCUUUGAAAAGGGACACAGAUGGUCUAAUUUGUGUGCUGUGCAGAUGUUCAGGAGGACUUCCUGCUGCUAAUGAUUAGAGAUUAGUUUACUUGUCUAUAAGAAAAAAAAAAAAGAAAACUGGAAAGAAAGCCAAAGGAAAAAAGCCUCUAAACCUGUAUAGUUGAUUAUUUAUUCUCAUGUGUACAUGUGUGUGUUUACCUGCGAGCCCAUUCACUCCACAUCAGUAAACGCAACACGGGAUUUCUCAAAUGCUGCCUGCUCUGUACACAGUUUUUAUGUUGUGCUACCUGUUUAUGAUGUUUAUGUCAAACAGAACAAGUGAGUAAAUAUUAUUUUAUGUACUGUGA